AUGCCGCACAGUUUCGCCCUCAUCGCGGCAUUGUCCGGUCUGGGGGCCUCCGCCUCACACACGGCGUCUACCAACGACGUUGCAGAUCUAUUUCAGAGUGGGUGGCAUGCGUCGCCUUUGAAUUCCGUUCCCACCUUCGUUUCGGCUGUGAGUAAAACAGUCAGUGGCACAUUGCAUCACGGUUUGGGUUUUCUAGGGCAAGCAUCAGGCGGAGCCAAGUUCGCUGCCACUGCAGCUGCGCGCUCGUCAUCCAGUGCUUCUGCGUCUCUCUACUGCACAGGGAGUGUCCCAAUCUAUAGCGGCGGGUCUUCGUCAGCAGCUGGCGCUGGUGCCACACACGGUGGAACCCCAGGAAUCGCUUCGAAAUUCCUCAGUCUGUGCACAAACCAUGCUACGACCGGCAGCACAGAUGCAGCAGCCGCUGCAGCGGGCUCCACAGAUCCUAGUGACAUAUUCUAUACGGCGAAAGCGGCCUCUUCAGCUGGCCUGGGGAGCGCUUCGGGGAAAGCAGCUUUGGUUAAGACGAGUAGUAGACACGCCACCCACUUCCUUGCCUCCACGGGGAUGGGGGCUUACCAUUCGGCUGCGGUUUCGACACCAGGCGCUGGAGAAGGCAGCAUGCCAUUGGGGGGCACUGGUGGAGAUUCAGAACUCCCCACAGGGACAGGAAUAUUACUCGGCGCAACGAAGGGUCUUUCCCCGUCAGUCGGAGGAGCAACGCCAGGUGACCACGGACUGAAGUUCCUUCAGGUUCUGCAAACUCAUAAUUCUGGGCCUGCCGCUGGCGGCGCAGUGGCGUCGACAUCAAAAGGUGCGCUUUUCUCCCAUUCUUCGGUUCACGCAAAAAAAACGAUUCUGACGAAGGCAGCAGCACACGGAGGGAAGAAAGCGUGUGGGAAGAAUACCUCGUUUUUUGGAAAGAAGAGAAAAGGAGGCUUCAGCAAAAACAGUCGCACAUCAACGCAGGAUGCGAAGCGAGCUCAGAAAGCUGCUGCGAAAGAGGCGAAACAGAAGGAGGCUGCCGCUAGGAAGGAACAAAAGCGAAUGGAUUCUGAGCGGCAGAAGGCGCAGAAGCAGCAACGAAGACAAGAAAAUGACGCUAAGAAGCGGGAAAAGCAGAUUGAAAGGGAGAAUGAGCGAUCACGGGCAAAAGAACAACGGAAACUGGAGAAACAGGAGAGGGCAAAAUAUCGCCAAGAGAAGGAACGCCUACGAGAAGAGCAGCGUCGGUACCGAAAUCUACGGAAGGAGGAACAAGAGUUAGACAGACAGAGGGGGAAGUACGCUGAAAGUAGAAGCCGAGGAAUGGACUAUGACGGUGGCUACCGUCCGGGUGGCCACUACGGCCGCUCUUACGGGCGUAGCUACAGCCCAAGUGGCUACCGUAGUCAGUCGUAUGGAGGUGGGUAUCAUUCUGGCAGCUACGGUCCCUCUUAUGGGCGUAGCUAUAGCCCGCGUGGAUACUAUGGUUCGUCUUAUGGAGGUGGGUAUCAUUCUGGCAGCUACGGUCCCUCUUAUGGGCGUAGCUAUAGCCCGCGUGGAUACUAUGGUUCGUCUUAUGGAGGUGGCUAUCAUUCGAGUAGUCACUACAAUCCCCCUAGUGGAAGCAGCCAUGGGGCGACUUCCCGCGGAACUCCUUAUAAUCCAGCCGCUACUUACGGAACACCUGCAAGUAACGGCACUGCAGGAUCGUAUGGGCAGGGUUCUGCAGUGGCGCCUGGAGCCGACGGCGCGACGGGAGGAGGCGCAGGGGGCAACACAGCAGGACCGGUUCAAUACGUUUAUUCACAGCCAGGCGAAGCUGCCACCGGUACGAAAUCUGUGCGUGUUAUCCAAGAUGUAGCUGAAACAAAAAAUGGGGUUACGACCCACCAUGUUACGGAAACGGUUUCCUCCUCACGAGCGGGCAUCCCUUCUCAGUCUGUUCCGGAUACGGCCAUCGGAGGAGCUGCUGCUAGCGGCUAUGGGGGAGUUCAUGACACGCCUGGCGGGGAUGAGUAUCAUGAUGGUGGAGACUUGAGUGCUUAUGAAGGGGUUGAAGAAGACGGAGAAGAAUUCGUGAGUCUUAAAACGCUGCACCUUCAAGUGGCCACACUCUUCUUUGGCUCUUUUGGGCUAAGGAAACAGCUUGGUGACGCAGCCAAAGAAGAGAGGGGAUCUCAAUGCAUAGGAAGCAGGCAGAGCAAAGCAUGGAGUGUCAAGAGUCUCCAACGAAGGAAGGAACGAAGGGAACGGGUUGCACAUUUGCGAGAAAUGCGGAUUACUGAGGCUGAGCGUCACUUGGCGAAAAAAAAAGUUCCUUUCUUGCGAUUCAAAACUGCGCUGAAUGGAGAUGCAGAAAAGAACGAAGUGAUGGUGGCCCAUCACCGCCUUAUAGAUACCGAGGGCGGCAGUACAACGCCGGACACAAUGAGCUGUGCUGAAACAGAUGUCGGAGAAAAAGUCAGGGAGACUCGAAGAUGGGGGGAAGAGAUCAAUAUGGAGCUGGCUUGGGAUACGUGCGCAGUGCGCCGGAAAUCUGAUCGAUGCUUUGAGUUCAUCAAAGAUGACAGAUUGGCGGCACUUCGGGAGGAAACGAACGGCAGCUACAGUGGAUAUUGUGGAGAACUGGACUCGAGCCCCGUUGACGGAACGGGAACAGAAGAUGAUGAUCGGUGGACUUCAGAUGAGGAGAUUAAGGCGAGGCGACCAGAGGAGGGGUCAGGCGGGUUCCGUAUUACCUGCCGAAGAUUGCAAAGGACUGACCACAAGUGUACGGGAAGACAGGAGUUGUCACAGGAGAUGACGAAAAAGGGAUUCGGGGCUCGGAUACGAGUGGGCUGUUUUCGGAAUGAACCUACCAUCUUUCCUUUCUGUAGCCGCCGCGUACAGCUUUCCCUUCUCCCCCUCCGGCAUCUGAUGUAUGUCGACUUCCUUGCGUAG